GGGAGUGAGGGACACACUCCCUUGCUUAGCCCUGCGCAUUUCCUCCGUCCCUUCCCACACACUUGUUCUGUGGCUUCUCAGCCUGGGGCAGAAGAGGCUGAUCCAGAAAGGAGGGGGCACCAACUUACAGGAACAUGCAUGACACACAUUACUGAGGGCAGACACAGGUCUCCUCACAUUCCUGGGGAACAUUUCUCUCUGUGACAGGUGCAUACCCGCUCAACACGCAUAUUGAAUUCACAUGCAGCCAUGCAUAGAAACGCACAAGGAGAUAGAUGCGGUGCAGAGCCCAGGACCCACAUCAUGGGUGAGCAUACGCAUUCAACAUGCACUCACACACAUGUGCACACACGUGUGCAUAGAGCUUCAUGUACCUUCAUGCACAAGGAACCCUUUUCAUCCUGUCUUGCUCGUAUCUCCAACCUCAGGGGACACUUGCACACACCCCUACACCUAUGAUUAUGACUGCCUGUUUACUUCCCCUCCAUUGCUUCUGCUCAGCCUCACACUUUAAUUCCUGCCCUGAGGGGACCUUUUGAAACCGGAGAAGAAAAGGUGGGACUUGGCUCUUCUGCCAUGGGCAAGCAGAACAGCAAGCUGCGGCCAGAGAUGCUGCAGGACCUGCGAGAGAACACAGAGUUCUCUGAGCUGGAGCUACAGGAGUGGUAUAAGGGCUUCCUGAAGGACUGCCCCACUGGCAUCCUCAACGUGGAUGAGUUCAAGAAGAUCUACGCCAACUUCUUCCCCUAUGGCGACGCCUCCAAGUUCGCCGAGCACGUCUUCCGCACCUUUGACACCAACAGCGACGGCACCAUUGACUUCCGGGAGUUCAUCAUCGCUCUGAGUGUGACCUCGCGUGGCCGCCUGGAGCAGAAGCUCAUGUGGGCCUUCAGCAUGUAUGACCUGGACGGCAAUGGCUACAUCAGCCGGGAGGAGAUGCUAGAAAUUGUGCAGGCCAUUUACAAGAUGGUUUCGUCCGUGAUGAAGAUGCCUGAGGAUGAGUCCACCCCGGAGAAGAGGACUGAGAAAAUCUUCCGCCAAAUGGACACAAACAACGAUGGCAAGCUGUCGCUGGAGGAGUUCAUCCGCGGAGCCAAAAGCGACCCAUCCAUCGUGCGCCUGCUGCAGUGCGAUCCCAGCAGCGCUUCCCAGUUCUGAGCUGAGAGGAGCCAGCCCGCCUCCCUGCCUUCACCGGCCCUCCGGCUCUCAGCUUCCUCUCCCUUGUGUCUAUCCAGGCUGGGGGCCAGACUGGGGAUCCCUUUCUGGGGUCUGCACUGUGUGUGUGGGGGCCUCUGGAGAAGUGAACCCUGCAAGGAAGGGGCUAAACAAGACAGCCGUUAGUCUCCACGGCCCAAGAGGCAGAAUCUCUCUUAGUGGGACCGAGAUAGCCCUCCGGUCAGGUUCUGUAUUUUUCACUCAGACAGCUGGAUCAACUUCCACCCACCCACAGUAGGGAGGCUCUUCCACAACACGGGGGCAGGGGGGCGGGUAGGUCCCCUUUGGGUGGUCCUCAGCCUGGAGGGAGGUGGGGAGUCGUGCCAAGGUGAAGAGUCUUUUUGUUUGGUGGGGAGACACGGACGAUUUCUGGGCUGUGGGGCUUUGAAGAAGUUCCUUGAUCUACUUCCCUGCAGAAGAACACUUCUUGUCCCAGCUCUUGCUGGCUGGAGGCCAUGGUUAAAAAAAAAAAAAAAAAAUCAAAAACAAAACAAACAAAACAAAAAAAACCUCCCAGGAUUCCAACUGGGGGUCCCCAACCAGCCUGCCUCUUUGCACUUGGAUAACCACAGAUUUACCCCAUCUGUAUUCUUUAUUUCACCUCUCUCAUGCUCUCACUCGAACACACACACACACACACACACACACACACACACACACACACACACACAGAGGCCUACAGACAGAUGGGCAGAGCCCCUCCACAGCAUUCUGUGUGGGAAGGAAGCGCAGGCCCCUGGCCAAGCCCCAUGUCCCUCUGCAUGCAGCCACACGGAGCAUCUUGGUUCUUUUUAAUAACUUCAAAAUAAAGUCUUGUUUCAGUG